UCCAUGUGUUCAUAAACGUUUUGCAAAACAUCAACAUUGAUUUGGAACCAGCAUUAAUCGUGAAAUAGAAUUGUAAUAUUUUGGAGGCGAACAAUUUGCGUUCAGCAUGGCGGGACGAGGUUUUAAGGGUGCUUCAUCGUCUUUACGACCAGAACAACUACAAGGUAUGGGUAUCAUGGGAAAAGAUAUGCCAAGCUCAACAGUUGCACCACCACCAACAUUUCCACCUCUUCUAAAUAGACCGGCUCUAUUUGAAAAAAGUCCUGAACGCGACUUUAUGAUCGAAUGGAAAGAGACGUUUUUAUCAUAUUUGAAAAAUUCAUCAUACUACACGGGCGCAAAUGAUGAAACGAAACGCAUUCAUUCCAGAUUCUAUCUUGAAAAUUCGCAAAUAGACAACGGUGCAUUUAAUUGGUCAAUGAUGCCAGCUGAGCUGCGUCCAAAUUGGAAGCGAAAAGCAAAUAGCAAAGAUGUCAAUAGAAAAAUGGCCAGAGAUGUAAAUGUUGAAGAGACUUUAAAAGCUUUGGAACAAAAAGAGAAAAACAAAAAGACUGGCAGAAACGAUGAUGAAGAUAAAGAAAGUGAAACUGAGGACUUGGAAGACGAAGAACAAGACGAAGAGAUGGAUGACGAAAAUGACUAUGGCAAUAAUUAUUUCGAUGAUGGUGGUAAUUAUUUGGAUGAUGAAGAUAAUUUGGACGACGGCCCCACAUACUAAAUACCAUUCCAUUGUUAAUUUACAAUAUUUAUAUUCGACAAAAAUAAAUUCAUUUAUUUUUAUUU